UGCCGUGUGGAUCUCCAGCGCACUUUUCAUCUACCUGCUGCCCACUCCUCUCCCACGUCUUGAUUGGCCGUCUUGGUCGAAAUCCUCUUGAAUGAUUUCAAACCCGAGUGUUUGGACAAGAAGGCGGAGAAGGAGGCGGGGGUGCCCGCUGCUAAUUCCGAGCUGAGUGGAAAAGACUGAGCCCUCCGUCCACCAGCGCACGGCUUCAGUAAAGAGGUUUACCGUGGAUAGUUGUUGACGGUAAAAACGCGUCCGAGAGCGCAUCGCCGGCGAAGAGGGUUACCCACGGGCACCGCGUCUAUCAGAGCAUUGUUAUUAUUUUUAAGAUUAAUUACCAUACAGUUAUCGGGCCGUUUUUAGUUUCCCAUCGUUUGAAUGGAGUGAGGUCCAGCGAAGACGGCGCACAUUGCGAUGGGACGCGUUGUGCCUUACUGCUGACAGGACUCUGCGCCCGGGACUAGGUGCUGAUUGGAAAUCUUUGCUGAUGGAAUAUUGAAAUGUGUUCGUUGUUGACGGAAUGUGAGUACCAGCGGUCGUUUCCCAGAUUCACAAAGGCUUUUCUGUAGCCAGAUUAGUGAGGGAGUUCGGUCCGUGCGCGGGUUGCCGUAGCAUCACAUUCACAUUUUCCCUUUCAUUAUCGGCCUGCCGGAGAUCAGGGCAUGACAGCACUCUUGGAUUUUGGACAACGCGUUCGCAUUUUAACACGAUUUCCCAAUUGAGAUGAGGUUAAAUGAGUUUUGAUAGUUGAUUUAAAGCCGACUGUUUACACGAACUGAGACUGAGCCAAGCUAGUCAUGGCUAAGAAUCCGUCCGAGGGGCCGAAGGAUGACCUGAGCCAGCUGACGGACGAGGAGCUGCUGCGGUGCAGCAAAGAGGACCUGGUCAGGAAAUUAAGGAGGGUUGACGGUGAGAAAAUGAACUUGAUGAUCGAGCACGGCAACCUGAUGAAAGACAUCAACCGACGGCUGCAGGUGCACCUGCACGAAAUCCGGAGCCUGAAGGAGAUCAACCAGAAGCUGCAGGACGACAACCACGAGCUCAGGGAGCUGUGCUGCUUCCUGGACGACGACAGGCAGAAGGGCAAGAAGCUGUCCCGGGAGUGGCAGCGCUUCGGCCGAUACACCGCCAGCGCCAUGUGGAAGGAGGUGGGCGCCUACAUGAUGAAGCUGAAGGAGCUGGAGGCCAACCAGGAGACCGUGCUGAGGGAGAACUCUGAACUGAAGGAGAUCAUCCUCAUGUUGGACGAAGAGAGGAACGGGGCAGGCUCCAGGAGCUCCAUAGACAGUCAGUCCAGUUUGACCAACCUGAACGGGGGCACCGGCACUGUCAGGGAUGUUGGGGAUGGGAGUAGCACCUCCAGCACGGGUAGCGCCGGGAGCCCAGACCACCACAAUCACAACCACAUACACAAGCCCUCAGAGAACACUAAGAUGAGGAGGUCCAUGGAUGACCUGUCAGCGCCACACCAUCACAGGAGCAUCCCCAAUGGACUUAAUGAUUCCUCCUCCAACUACAUCAGGCAGCUGGAGACGAAAGUGCGGAUCCUGGAGGACGACAACAAUAAGCUCCUCUCGCAGGCUUAUAGCCGAUAUAGCUUAUCGCAAAUACAGACGAAAAAGCAGUGUAACCCAGGUGACCUUCGUGCCCUGAGGAAGGGAAUGACUCUGUACCACUCAGAGUCCCAGCUGUCCUCACUGCCACAGCGCCAAGAAGCCAUGCACAUGGGUACUGGCCGUCUACCAACCAGCGAGUCCUCUCCUGCCACAGGCUACCUGUCCUGUGUCCAGAAGCCUGAAGCCGUGGUGCAUGCCAUGAAGGUGCUGGAGGUCCAUGAGAACUUGGACAAGCAGCUUCCCGAGGACUACGAGGACGAUCUCAGCGAGAAGGAGAAGGCCAUUGUGCGAGAGAUGUGCAACGUGGUGUGGAGAAAACUGGGUGAUGCAGCUGGAUCAAAGCUGUCCGUCAGACAGCAUCUCUCUGGGAACCAGUUCAAAGGGCCACUGUAGCAUGGCAACCAGCGACGGGCCGCAGGACACACUGCACCUCCGCUCACCUGAAAACACCACCUUACUACUUGCGCCUACACGACCCUUCAUGCCAUGCUCCAUGCUGCCUACAGCACCCAGCAUUCCUUCAACUAACACUCUCUUAUGACUGACAAACGUGGAACGGGCCAUCCGGUCUGAUAUUCACAUGUACAAUGCUACAUGUACGUUUUAUCUCUCGAUGCUUGUGUUGACAACUGGCAGCUAGUUUCACUGAUUCACCACUUUUCUUCAUUGAUUCGGAGGCUUUCGGAUACACAGUGGUCUCUCUCUGUACACUAGCUACACACCCACUCUGCUUUAAGCCCUACUAGAGCAUAGCUGCGCUAUAAUAAGCUAGCGAUAGAUGUGGUUUUAAGCACAGACCUGACAAGGCCGCAGGGGCAGAAAUCUCUUCACGUGUUGCUGGGAUGAUGCAAAGGCAACAUGUGGCGGUAUCUUCAGAUGCGUUUUUGAUAGUACCUCCCAUAGAGACUUUAGCUCCUGUCACAUGUAUCGCCUUCCCCCCUAGUGGUCAAUGAGUAUAACUAGCAUUAGCGUUCUAAAAUGUUAACUAAGUGAAAUCCACUGUGACCUAGCGCCUUUUUGCUCGUAAGACAAGUCUAUGGAUAAUAAAGUCUAGAGAUCACUGUUAACUUGUGUAUAUUAUGUAUAAAACCAUAGCACUACUUCAUUGUUACUGUUGAUUUGACUUUAUCUGUUUUGUAUUCUAGCGUGGCCAUGUGAUCAAUAAUUCAGUUCUGAAAGCACACACAGCCAGACCUUAAACAGGGUUUGCUUUUGGUGAUAUAUAGGUUAUUUUUUUUUUCUUCUCUUCCACAUGAAUUGCUAUUACGUAUUUUCUCUGUAACCUCUGAAAAAAGCAUCACGGCCAUUCUCAAUCAUGCAUCUUUCUCCUUUUGUUAGUGAACAGAUACAUUUCUUACUUUGUAAAACAAACUAAAAUUGUGUGCUGUGUGCAUGCUCGACAAUCAUUUUCUCAGGUUGGGAGGGCUACAGCUUUACCUUUGCCCAUCUGUGAUUGCGUGUUUGUGUGUGUGUGUGUGUGUGUGCGUGUGUGUGUGGAAGGAGACUGAAUGGUUCUCUUGCAGCUGUAGCAUCUACCUGUGAAUUCUCUUUUUGGCUAUUGAACCCCGGUUACAAGACGGUUGAAGACUGCUGAAGACAUUUUCUGAAUCCAUCCGGGCAAAUCCCGUAAUGACAUUUUUAAGGUUAAAUACAAAACCCCAUGUUUAGUUUAAAUGACUUUUUUUCAAUUGCUCUAAAUUCCUUUCCUCUAUUUUAUAUCUCUGAAGAUUUAUCUUGUCAUGGAUUCAGCAGGUGUAUUUAUGCAGUGCAUGUUAAUUCUUUUUUUUUUCUUCUUCUUAGAAUAUAAAGGUUAAAGUCUUCCCUUUGAUGUGUCCAUACCAUAAAACACUAACAAUUUUAAAUGAGUAUUUCUUAAUGUCAGAAUGAACACUUUUCUGUCAGUGUAUUUAUUGCCAGGUGGAAGAUAGAGAUGGGAGCGCCGUCAGUAACUGAGCAGCCAGUUUUUGAAUCUAGCAGGUUUACUCGCACGGUGAGGUUAUCUAAUAGGUUUGUGGAGUGGCUGGUAGCUCAGGCUCUCCCAUCUCUAGAGUUAUUUGUUCCAAAUUAGAACAUGUCGGAGGCUGUGCACCUCUGAAUUCUCAAAAAUAAUGAGUCAAAAAUAAUACGAAUCAAAAUCAGAAUUUUUUUUUCUUUAAAAAAAAGUGUCCUUUUUUCUAGGAACUGAUUUGAAGCCAUGAUGCGAUUUUGAAUUCUUUAUAUAUGGCAUUUGAUUUGAGACGUGCCAUUUUUUAUUCGUCGUGUUUUGAUUUGGAACCUAACUGUAAUUCUUUUUUUCUUUUUUAAACAUCUAUAGAUUUUCUUUUUUUCUGCCUAUAUGCUAAAACCACAGAACAGAGUCCUAGAAUCUACAGCGUAAGUGUCUUUUCCUGUAGUAACUAGCAUGUCUGUAACUUCUUUUCAUGAAUUUCACUGAUGAGAUGAAUAUUUGGCAGGUGAAAAGAAAACAGGAAAUAGGCCACUUUUAGAUGAGAAAUUUGGGAGAAAAUAAACAAGUUGCUUAAUGAU